AUGAGCGGCGACAGGUUGCGCUCAUUCUGCCUCCCAGAGCCGAGUUCGUCAACUCAAUCUUCCCUCCCGGGUGCAAAACAGGACUUCUCCGCUAUUUUUGCCGCGCCGUCACAGACCACCAGUGCUGAAACCGAUCCCGCAGCCUAUUCGACCUACAAUUCGGAUAUCAAGGUUGCCCAAUCGUCAUCGGCCGAGGGACCUGGUGUGUUGCAUAGCCAGCCUUCGUCGGAGUCCGCUCGCCAUAUCGACUACAUCGGCUCGGGAGACGGCUAUCUGCAUAACCCAACCAGCCUGGGAACGAUGAACCAAACCCAGUCUUACAUGGACGUGCACUCGUCGCAUCUGGCCUCAGCGCCCCCAUAUACCACCCAAGCGGGACCGGUGGAAACACUGCCCCAUUAUCCUUACCAGCAGCCUCCUCUUUUGCAGCCCGGGCCAACUGCUUACGCUCCAACGACAAGCGCAUAUCAGUAUGGGUAUUCCAAUUCCACCACCUCCGGCCAACCCGUGAGCAACUCUCUCGCACCGCACAUGCCUGCGCAAAUCCUGCCGUUGCCUGCAAUGACCACUGCUCCGCCUGGCUAUCCUGGAUCCAACAACCAUGGUUCUCCAUACAACCCCCCACAUACCUUUGAUACCACCGGCCAGGUCGCUCCUCCGGGCAUGAAGCCAAGGGUUACGGCAACCUUGUGGGAGGACGAAGGUAGUUUGUGCUUUCAGGUUGAAGCAAAGGGUGUUUGCGUUGCUCGCCGCGAAGAUAACCAUAUGAUCAACGGCACCAAGCUUUUGAAUGUUGCUGGUAUGACGAGAGGAAGAAGAGACGGUAUUCUUAAGAGUGAGAAAGUUAGACACGUUGUGAAAAUCGGCCCAAUGCAUCUUAAAGGCGUAUGGAUCCCGUUUGAGCGUGCUCUUGAGUUUGCCAACAAAGAGAAGAUUACCGACCAGCUGUAUCCCCUGUUUGUGCACAAUAUCGGGGGACUCUUAUACCAUCCGUCAAACCAAACACGGCCAAAUUCGAUCGUUGCGGCUACAGAGCGGAGAAGACUUGAAGCCAGCCAACAACAGGGUCGUCCUAUUCCUGGACCCCCACCUUCUUUACAUCACCACCACUCGAUGCAUAAUCCCGUCACAUCGCAAGUCUCGCAGUCUUCCACUCCAGCACACAACUCUGUUGGCAGACCCAAUUUCGAGCGUGCUCACACGUUUCCUACCCCGCCUGCCAGCGCUUCAAGCUUAGUCGGCGUGACCACCCAAAGCAAUUCCUAUGAUUGGACAGGAAACGUGCAAAACUCUCAUCCUCUCUCUAUUGACACUGGGUUGGGGAAUUCGAGGUCGAUGCCUACAACUCCCGCAACGACUCCUCCAGGAUCUAAUCUCCAACCCAUGCAACCCUACCAAAACCAGCAGAGUUAUGACUCCAAACCCUAUUAUUCUUCUGCGCCCUCGAGUCACCCACAUUAUGCAUCACAUCAGCCCACUCAGCCCACUCCCCCCCAGAAUAUGACUAGCCAGGGGACUGCUGAAGUUUCUCAUGGUGCCACAGUUGGCGACGGAAACCAGGAGCACGAACCAGAAUUUAUAAACGAUACUAACGGCGCGUAUAAUGGUAAUCGUGGUUCAUACAGCUAUAAUACCAAUCCUUCCAACGGGAACAUGCAAGGGGAGCAGAACCAUGCACCCGACGUACCAAACUCGACUACCGCUGACAGGAUACUUUCUCGACCAAGUCAAGGCCAGUGGAGCUCAGGCUACUCGACACCCCGUCUUGGCCCGCCAAGUAGCCUUUACAACGUCGUGAGCGAUACGAGAAGCACGUCCAAUGGAAACAGCACAGAUGCGUAUUCCGCUCCGCCGAACAGCGCGCCGGUAUAUUCCUCUUCCGCUUCCUCUUUAAACGGCUCCACCAAGCGCUCCAGGGACGAUGACGAGCAGGACGAACCUCCACGGCCCGAGAGCCAAAAAUGCGACGUGAGCUUUGAGCACAAACGCCGAAAAACCCUAACGGAAAAUCCUGUUGGGGGGCCCGUUGGCAGCUCUGCCCUACCUCAUCAAACUCUCAAGAAUGGAAUUUCGUCUCGCCGUCGUUAA